AAUGAAAUUUUUUUACUUGUAAAAUCAAUCGAUUAAAUUGUGAUAAUUUUCAUUGAGUUUUUUUUUGUUGUUUUGUUUUGGAUCCAAAAUGAGUAAUCGUACCAAAGGAAAUGUUAAACCAUCAAAUAGUGAACGUGCAUCACGUCUAUUGACAACGAAUAAAUUUCUUUCAUUUUCGGAAGCAUCGAAAAAUUUAUCCUCGGUAUAUAAAGCAACCGAUGGUGGUGGUGGUGGUGGUGGUACGAGUGGCUUGAAACAAAAUGAUUCAUCAACAUCGGCAUUCGAUUGCGAAAUUAGUUCAGAUUUUCAACAAAUAUUCAAACAUAUGGCCAAAAAAGAUGUUAAUACAAAAAUAAAAGCAAUGGAAGAAUUUGUUGAAUUAUGUCAUCGAAAAAAUCCGAAUGAAUUAUUAAAUAUAGCAAGAUUUUGGUUUCGUUUAUAUAGAAAAUUAGCCAAUUCAUUAGAAUGGAAUAUACGUAAUGCAAGUCAUGAAACACAAUAUGAAUUUAUUUCAUCAUUAGAUAAAAAUUUAUUAAUGGAAUAUUUUGAACCAUCAAUAAAUAAUGAAUCAUCAACUGAUUAUCGAAAUGGUGAAAUUUCUUUUCAAACAUUAAUCACUAUGCCGGCUGUAAUGUGGAAUUCAUGUUUCGAUGCAUAUAAUCAACCAUUUCAAUCAGCACGGAAUGUAUUUCGAUAUCUAUUUUCACGUGAUAAAACAAUUAAUUUUCUAUUGGAUAAUUGUGAUUCAAUUCUUAAUUAUUGUUUAUAUUUUUUAUUCAACAAAAUUCCUAUUGAACUUUUUUAUAAUACAUCACUGCCAGCUGAUUCAAUACGAAUGUUUGAUGAUCAUCAAAUUGGUAUUUGUUUAUUAGGUAUUUCAACAAUGAUUAAUGAAUUAUUAUGUUUUUAUAAGAAAAAUAUCGAUGAAAACAAUAAUGUUUAUAAAUGUUUGGAAAAGAUUUUCAUUCGUUUUAACGAAGAAUUUGUUCGUUGUAAAGGUCUAAUGGAUGAUGAUAAUACCGAUGAUAAUGAUCAAACGUCAACAACAACAACAGUGAAAACAUUGGAAAAUCGAUUCGAAGAAUUAGAAAUGAGUCGAAAAGAAAAGAAAAGAUUGAAUAGAAAUUAUUUUUCAACCAUUAUGAAUGGUAUGGUUGAUUCUACUAUUGAAAUACGUGGAAUUUCAUGGUUAUUAGCAUCACAUUUAUUAUCUAACCAAAAUGAUCUUUUCAAUCAAUUAUGGUCAAUAGUUGAUCGUCCAAAUUGGUUGGAAAAAAUAUUGAAACCAUUCAUUGUAAAUGGAAUGAAAUCAUCUGGUUCGAUUAUUGAUUUUGGUAUUGAUCGUAUUGGUUUGAAAAGUUAUUUGGCUUUAUAUCCGGAAUUAUCUUUUGAAAUGGAUAAAUAUUUUAGUGGUUUACGUUUAAUUUGUCCACAAUAUUAUCAACAACAACGUUUUAUGAUUGAUUUUAAUGAUAAAAUUAAUUUGAUUAUGGUUUUUAUUCGUUCAUUUAAUCAAAAUCAAGCGGCGACGACGACGACUGAUCAAUCUUAUUCAAUAUUUGAUCUAUUUCUUCGUAACCUAUUGAUAUCCAUUGAUAAUAUUGGCCUUUUAACGGAUAUGUUAUUUUUGAUUGAAUUAUUUUUCAAUAUAAUCAAUUUUGCAUUGCAAGAAUCAUUAUUGGAAGAAUCAUCAUGUAUUGAACAUUUACAUUGUUUAUUGAAACGAACAAUGAAUAAUGAAAAACGUGAUUUAUAUCUUCGUAGUCAGAUUUAUUUAAAUCAUUUGCUAUUGAUUAAUCGUUUGAUGAAGCAAAAAUUUAAUGAACAAUUGGUAACACGACUGGCAAACGUUUAUGAAGAUUUAUUAACAAACUAUCCAGAUGAUGAUAAUUUAGCUAUAUUACGUUUUAUGACCGAAUCA